AUGCUGGUCGAGCACCUGCCAACUGCCGCGACGGCGCACUGGCACAACUUCCUCUACCGCACCGAGGCCAGGCACUGGCGCAGCCUCUGGUGCCGCUGGAGCCCGAGCGGCGACCUCGUGGACCGCUUCGAGGCCGAGCGGAUUUUCGAGCCGCUCGAAGACCGAGACUCGUGCACGCAGCGGAACGUUUACCACUACAGCGACGAUCGGGGCCUUGUCCGAGAGGGGCCACUGUGCGGCCCGUGGGUCAUGACCGCGGAAGCCUGCGCGACUGACGUGGGCAUCAUCCACCCUGCGCGCCAAGGCAUGACCACUCUGCUGGCGGGCCCGGGCGGGCCCUGCGCGUGGUGCUCAACCGACACGGCUUCCGGGCUGCCAUGCUUCGCCGAGCUCUUCCUACACCACGGCGAGGAGCUCCGCAUGUCUGCCGGCAUCAUACACUCCAGUGAGGGUCAGCUGGAGCGUCUCGCGCUCAUCCGGGAGGACGCGGCCACGUGGCCUAGCUCCGGCUGGACGGGGAGCGACGAGGCACGCGUGCUGCCCAACGCGGCUGCUUGCGUCGAGGCUUUGUGCUCCUCCUCUCGUGACUCCUCCCUCCUGCAGCCGGGACGCACCGGCAGCGGCCACGCCAUCUUCGCGUCUGGCUUGCGGCAGGAGGAGCUCCAAGGCGUCGAGUGGCGGCAAACCCUGAUGGCAAGAGCCGACGCUGACGCGAGCUCCCACUGCUUCAUGCUCCUCGACGAGGGGUCGGUUGCACUCGUCUCACCCAAGUGGCGAGUAGCUGGACGGCCGUUUGGAAGCGCUGCCGCGUGGAGCCCGCGGGGGGGUGGCAAGCUGUACUAUGUGGAGGCGUCUUGGGACGGUGCGGGUGCCGUCGAGCAUGUCAGGCUGAUAAGGCCUGGCUACGCGACCAUCGAGAUCGACCUGAAGCACGAGAAGGCCGCGGGCGACCGCGAGUCGGUGCAGGUGGCGGAGCGCUCGUACGUCGAGCGCACCGCGCCGAAGAAGAAGGAUCCCACCAAGGAGCAGCUCGCGGCUCGAGCCGCGGCACGCAAGGCCAAGAAGGCCCGGCAGAAGGCGCGCCGGGCGACGGAGGCUGGCGAGCGCGCCGCGAGCGAGGCCGAGCGCGCGGAGGCCCCGCGGGCGCAGCUGCGCGAGAACAUCCACUGCGCAGACGCGCAGCCAGGCCGGGGCAAAAUAGAGGUCGAAUACUCGCUGCCCCCGGAGAGGGACGACGGGUAUCGGCGCGGCCCCAGCAAGGUGUACGCCAAGGUUCCCCAGGGGACCGUGGCGACGACCGUCGCCUCGGACUGGCUCGCAACCGAGCUGGCCGAGUAUGGAGAGAUUGAUGCGGCAUGCCGCGACAGAUUUGUCAUGCACCUGAUGACGGCCGCCGGCGCCUCGGCGCCGGCCGACGCCGUGUUCAGGUUCACAGCCGGCGAGGCGAUGCAGACCUCUCGCCCGACCUCCGCGUCGGGCGAGGACGACGACGAGGACGCCGACCGCUCCGAGGAGUAUUCCAACGACGGGAGGCUGUCCGACUAG